AUUUGCGUGUCUAAACGCAAUCAUUCACACAAGAGCAGUACAGAUAGGUCAAAGGCAUUCUUAGUGUUUGUUUUGUUUGUCUUGGAUUAAUUUCACUGUCCCUAUGGCGCAGUAAUUGUCAAACAAUAGCUAAUUGUUGUUCGCUUGAAUGAUAACAAGCCGACUUAACAACAUUCCAACACAAUGCCCGAAUCAAAGAUCAAAAUACUUCAAAAAAUGUGCUGUGUUAGGGAAAAGUGAACUUGUUUCUUCUACAUAGACUUAUUUAAAAUUCUUGAAAUCAAGAUGUUUAUCACUGUUAGAUUUGGAGAUUGUCAAGAAGCUCUCUUCAACCCAAACUGUAUGACAAAGGUUCUUCUAGAGGACAUAAAGAAGAGAUGUCGUCGAGAUAGAGAAGAAGUAAUUGACUUGUCAGAUGAGUCAGGUAAUCUAAAAAAUUUGCUUGAACAUAAAGGAGAUUACGCUACACAACAUUUAAAAGCGAGGCAUUCAUUUAUACUCAUCAAAGUUGACAGAAAAGAAGGAGAAGAAACAUACACUCCCUUACUAAAUGACAUCAAGACAAUAACAUCAUCUUUUCUGCAACAUCUCAGCAGGCCUCAAAGCAGCCAAAGUACUGUCUCACCACCAAGUCGCCAGGGUAGGCGCAAGUCAAGUGCUAAUUGGACAAAAGCUAGAACAAGUUUAGCUUUGAGUGGCGACCUUAGAAAGAGAUCAAGAGUCAGGAAAUGAGCAUGGAACUGACAGCAUCAGCGAGUGAAUAAGAAGUUGGAUCAUAAUACAGUUAUAGCGGCUCCCCUUCAGCAUUUUUUUUUCUGAUUCAAAUUUUCUUCUAUUCUUUUAAAGUUGACUCUUCUGAGCACAUAUUUAUGCCUCCCAUGGAAAAAGCCCUUGUAAACUUCCCUGAAACUCAAUAUUUGCAUAAAUUAUAUUUUUAAUUCAAA